AAGCCGACCUACUCCACUGCCUGACCACUUCAAUACAAGUCCACUACGACGUGAGGAGACAGCACUCUUUUCGAUCCCUUCCUGCCAAAUCCCUUCUCUUCCGGCACACGCAAACCCUUGCAGGCGAGCAGAGGCAGCAUGGGCCUUCAACACGAGCCUCACAAGGCCGCUUCCAACGGCCCCGUGGUGAGGACGGAGAGAGUGGUGCGGUACAAGGAGUGCAGGAAGAACCACGCCGCCAGCGUCGGAGGCUACGCCGUCGACGGCUGUCGGGAGUUCAUGGCGUCGGGAGAGGAGGGGACGAGCGACGCCCUCCGGUGCGCCGCCUGUGACUGCCACCGCAGCUUCCACAGGAGAGAGGUCGAGACCGUGGCUGCGGUCUGUGGAUGCUCCUCCGACGAGCACUCCACUCCCCGGAGAUGAUGGCGCUCCAGUCUACUCCUAAUACAGUAUGGAUCUUAUUCACGUCAUUUUGUUUGCGUUUGGGUUUGCAGAUGGGUGGCUUGACCAAGAAAUGCUGAAACUUAGUGCUUGAUGAUUUGCUCUUCUCUUU